AUGUUAGUAAGCCUGUCAGCAAGACCAUUCUCAGAAGCAUCACAAAAGACUGAUGUAUUCUCUGAUGCACCACUAAAGACUGAUACUGAUAUAUUCUCUGAAGAACCACUAAAGACUGAUGUAUUCUCUGAUGCAUUACCAAAGACUGAUAUAUUCUCUGAAGCACCACCAAAGACUGAUAUAUUCUCAGAAGCAUCACAAAAGACUGAUGUAUUCUCUGAUGCACCACCAAGGACUGAUGUAUUCUCUGAUGCAUUACCAAAGACUGAUGUAUUCUCUGAAGCACCACCAAAGACUGAUAUAUUCUCUGAAGCACCACCAAAGACUGAUAUAUUCUCUGAAGCACCACCAAAGACUGAUAUAUUCUCUGAAGCACCACCAAAGACUGAUAUAUUCUCUGAAGCACCACCAAAGACUGAUAUAUUCUCUGAAGCACCACCAAAGACUGAUAUAUUCUCUGAAGCACCACCAAAGACUGAUAUAUUCUCUGAAGCACCACCAAAGACUGAUAUAUUCUCUGAUGCAUUACCAAAGACUGAUACUGAUAUAUUCUCUGAAGCACCACCAAAGACUGAUAUAUUCUCUGAAGAACCACCAAAGACUGAUAUAUUCUCUGAAGCACCACCAAAGACUGAUGUAUUCUCUGAAGCAUCACCAAAGACUGAUGUAUUCUCUCAAGCACCACUAAAGACUGAUGUAUUCUCUGAAGCACCACCAAAGACUGAUGUAUUCUCUGAUGCAUUACCAAAGACUGAUGUAUUCUCUGAAGCACCACCAAAGACUGAUGUAUUCUCUGAAGCACCACCAAAGACUGAUGUAUUCUCUGAAGCAUCACCAAAGACUGAUGUAUUCUCUGAUGCACCACCAAAGACUGACACAUACUCUACAGCACCACCAAGGAGUGACAUAUUCGCCACAUCACCACCAGACACUGACAUAUUCUCUAAAUUUCCUUCAAUUAAUUUAUUGGCAAGAGUGUAG